AUGCCUCGAAGGAAGAAGAGUAAGGCCCGUGGUGGUGAUAAACCCCACGGUGAUGAACAACCCCAAGGCAAGACCCAGAGUUGUGGGGGUGCUCAGGCCACAGCAGCAGCAGAAGAGGAGUCCACUACCUCCUCGCCUCAGUGUGAAGGUAUUACCCAGAGUCUGCCUGGUGCUCAGUCACAUAGCACUUCCCAGGAGCCUGAAAGAAUACCGACCAUCACCACUUCUGCAGUCUUUUCUUGCACUAGAUCUAGUGAAGCAUUCGAUGGCCAAUAUGAGCAUAGGGUGUUGGUCUAUGAGGUCCCACCCUUCACUGAGCCCCCAGGAACUGACUGUUUAACCAGGAAAGCUAGCUUGUUGGAGCAGUACAUUCUGCACAGGUAUAAAAUGAAGCAGCUCAUCAUGAAGGAAGACAUACUGAAGAUUAUCCACCACAGCCACCAUGACCGAUUUGCUGAGAUUCUCAAGAGAGCCUCUGAACGCAUUGAGCUCAUCUUUGCGAUGGAUCUGAAGGAAGUCGACUCAGUCGUUCCCUGCUAUAAUCUGAUCAGCAAAUUGAAACUCCCCAACAAUGGGAGGGUGCGUGGUGGAAGGGGGUUACCCAAGACCGGUCUCCUGAUGAAUCUCCUGGCUAUGAUCUUCAUGAAGGGCAACUGUGCUGCUGAGGAAGACAUCUGGAAAUCCCUGGGUACGAUGCAAGUAUAUGCUGGAAGAAGGCACUUCAUCUUUGGAGAGCCCAGAAAGCUCAUCACCAAAGAUUUAGUGAGGCUGAAGUACCUGGAGUACCGCCAGGUUGCCAACAGUGAUCCUCCACGUUAUGAGUUUCUCUGGGGCCCAAAAGCACAUCUGGAAACCAGCAAGAUGAAAGUCCUGGAAUUUUUGGCAAAGGUCAAUAAUGCUGUUCCCACCGACUUCCCCACUUAUUAUGAAGAAGCUUUGCGAGAUGAAGAGAAAGCCCAAGGUCCCCCAGGAACUGACUGUUUAACCAGGAAAGCUAGCUUGUUGGAGCAGUACAUUCUGCACAGGUAUAAAAUGAAGCAGCUCAUCAUGAAGGAAGACAUACUGAAGAUUAUCCACCACAGCCACCAUGACCGAUUUGCUGAGAUUCUCAAGAGAGCCUCUGAACGCAUUGAGCUCAUCUUUGCGAUGGAUCUGAAGGAAGUCGACUCAGUCGUUCCCUGCUAUAAUCUGAUCAGCAAAUUGAAACUCCCCAACAAUGGGAGGGUGCGUGGUGGAAGGGGGUUACCCAAGACCGGUCUCCUGAUGAAUCUCCUGGCUAUGAUCUUCAUGAAGGGCAACUGUGCUGCUGAGGAAGACAUCUGGAAAUCCCUGGGUACGAUGCAAGUAUAUGCUGGAAGAAGGCACUUCAUCUUUGGAGAGCCCAGAAAGCUCAUCACCAAAGAUUUAGUGAGGCUGAAGUACCUGGAGUACCGCCAGGUUGCCAACAGUGAUCCUCCACGUUAUGAGUUUCUCUGGGGCCCAAAAGCACAUCUGGAAACCAGCAAGAUGAAAGUCCUGGAAUUUUUGGCAAAGGUCAAUAAUGCUGUUCCCACCGACUUCCCCACUUAUUAUGAAGAAGCUUUGCGAGAUGAAGAGAAAGCCCAAGGUGUGGAUGCAGCCAAGCCUGA